AUGAGGAGCUCGUCUAGUCCAGCCAGCCAGUCAGUUCAGUUAUUUGCAGGUUAACGAUAACAAUGCAAUAUUUAAUGUUUAUAGUGCCAGAUUUGACAAUAUAGGUUAUGCAACUGAAAUUAGCCAAAUAAAAAUAUUAUAAAAGAUAACACAGUACAAACAGAAUUAAAAUGAAAAACCUAAGAGGAGCACUUAUUGUGAUUGAAGGCUGUGAUCGAUCUGGCAAAACAACGCAGUGCAAGAAAAUUGUGGCCUCUUUAGAGAAAAAUGGCACUAAAGCAAAGUAUAUGAACUUUCCUGAUAGAAGCACUGCAAUUGGACAAAUCAUCAAUGGAUAUCUCACCAAAAAAGAAGACCUCUCUGACGAAGCAAUGCACUUGUUAUUCUCUGCAAACCGAUGGGAACUUGUGCCCAAAAUGAAGAAGCUGUUACAGCAGGGAACAACUUUGAUUGUGGAUCGAUAUUCUUACUCUGGAGUGGCAUAUUCUGCGAUAAAGAAUGGGAUGAACUUGGAUUGGUGCAAGUGGUCGGACGCAGGAUUGCCCAAGCCAGACCUCGUGUUGUUGCUGACACUGUCUACGGAGGCUAUGAACUCCCGCGGAGGGUUUGGUGAGGAGAGGUACGAGAAGAACGAGAUCCAGCAGGAGGUGGUCAAAGUUUUCAGGGAAUUAAAGGAUUCUACAUGGAAGGAAAUAGAUGCAGACAAGUCUAUAGAAGAAUUACAAGAAGAACUUUUAUUACAUGUUAAAGAAGCCGUGGAGACAAGUCAAACAUCACCAUUAAAGAAAUUGUGGUGAUUCAAAUAAUUCCAUUUAAUAUAAAUUAAUAUUGUAAUUGUACUUUAUUGUAAGAUUUAUGACAGGUGUAAAAAGUUUUAAUCCUAUAUUGACCAAGUUGUUUCAAUACAACUCAAGUAAUGUAAAAUAACAUAAGUAAUAAUUUUAAAAUGAGAAAAAUUAAAUUAAGAGUAAUAAACAUUUUACCUAUC